AUGACGAAUCAAUGUGAGGAAAUGUUUAUUACUAUUCAAUGGAAACCUAAGUCACUGGUAUUAUGGGAAGCUCAUUUUGGUGAUUUUUCCAAUGGGGCCCAGGUUAUAUUUGAUCAACUCUUGAGCAAUGGUGAGGCUAAGUGGCUCCGCCAGGCUGGGUUAGUUGUGUUUCUACCUCCGAGUGCAAGACUUGAGUGUUUCCGCAAGAUGAGUGAUGAUAGUCCACUGGUUAUACCUGAGAUGGAACCAGCACUAUGCAAUCAAAUUCAAACAUGCAAUAUGCAGAUUGUUAAUGUUACAACGCCAGCAAAUUAUUUCCAUGUGUUACGUCGACAGUUGGAUAAGGAGUUCAGUAAGCCGCUUAUCGUAAUGUCUCCUAAAAAUUUGCUUUAUGUAGGAUCUGCACCAACACUUUGUCACAAAGAUUGCAAGUCGAAUUUAUCUGAGUUCGAUGAUGUUCAAGGUCACCCUAGUUUUGUUAAACAAGGGACCAAAUUUAGACGACUUAAUAACAACCAAAAUGACAACUCCGGUCUUGAAGAAGGGAUUAGGCAUCUGGUGCUUUGCUCCGGAAAGAUUUGUAGUUAUUUAGUGUUAGUGCUCAUCGGAACCAACGACUGUGAGAAUCAAAACAGGAGCAGCCUGGUACUUGGAGAGGAGGAAGAGGCUGCUGGACCCUGUGUUGGUUGA